AUGGCUCCAGUUCAUGUAGCCUGUGAAGAAGGAUCAUUGAGUAUGGUCAAGUACAUUAUAGACCAUUCACCAUUAUCUCUUGAUAUGACCGACUCUUUUGGACGUACUCCACUACUUAUUGCAGCUUUCUCUAAGAACCUUCCCAUCAUUCGUUACCUCAACAGUAAAAACUGCAACAUUUCUAUACUGGACGAUAAAGGGUUUAACGUAAUACACAUAUCGGCAAAGGGAGGGUCUUUUGAUAUAUUGAGGUUUUUCGUUGAUGGUGGUUACUGUAAUCCUGAUAUCACUGAUGCUUCUGGUCGUACUCCACUUUAUCUGUCAGUUCAAGAGGGUCACUUGGAAAUAGUAGAAUAUCUAUUGGAUAGUCCAAGCUACAAUAAACCACGUGUAGAAUUAGUAGACAUGGCAGAUAGCAAUGGUAACACAGCACUUCAUGCAGCAUGCAGCCAGGGUCAUCCUGAUAUAGUGUCUACUAUAGGAGGAGCUUACAAGUCUCUUAAUAUUGAUAUUUAUUCAAUUAAUGAGAAAAGACAGACUCCAUUACACUUAGCAGCAGCUAAUGGUCACGUUAAUACAGUCGUGUCUCUCUUAUCAGCCACUACUGGUACUAGAAAUCAUGAGAAGCUCCUUGGAGCAGUGGAUGGUGAUGGUUGUUCUUGUCUUCAUUUAGCUUGUCAAAAUGGUCACUAUAGGAUGACACUGUAUCUCUCUGAGGUGUAUCCAGCUAAUGUUUAUAGUGUGAAUAAUAAUGAGGAAGGAUUGCUUCAUGGAGCUGCUGAGAGUGGUAAUAAGGAUCUAAUCCAGUUCCUAGUGGAAUCACACGGUCUUGAUCCAGAGUCACAGGAUAAAGAUGGAGUGACAUGUCUACACAUAAUAGCAAAGCAAGGAGAUAAAGAGGUAUACAAGUAUCUUGUACCUCGUGUUAGGAAUAAUCCAACUCCUAAGGAUAAAGCUGGUCGGUCUCCACUUCAUUACGCUAGCAGACAUUAUGAGAUGUCAGUGUAUCUGAUUCAAUGUUUUAAUAUUCAUCCUGAAGACAAAGACAGUAAUGGAUUCACUGGUGUUCAUGCUGCCUGUCAAGCUGGUAACAUGCGACUGGUAUCACAUUACUUGAAUAAACUAAAGUGCAAUCGUUAUUUAGAAACAUACGACUCUAAAGGUCUGUUGUAUUUUGCUUGUUUGAGUGGUCACUUGGAAAUGGUUCGUAUUUUAAUGGAAAAGUAUCAGUUGAAACCAGUUGAAGGAGACAUUGAUGCAGCCCAGUCAAUCAAAGGAGGAGAAUCUUAA